AUGAGCAGAAAAAUUGGUUCCGUGGGCUAUGAUACGCAGUUAUGUUUAUGGGACAUAACGGAAGAUGUUUUAAGGCAAACACCAACGAUCCAAAAGCAUCGCAUAUCAACAUUUGUCCCUGUCGGCCCUGAGCAGAAUCUGGCAACGCCAGGCGCUUCGGAAUCUUCCAAAUUGGCGUGUGGGGACAAUAAGGAACGAUCACAUGGCAAGGAGAAAAGACACAAACGUGGUUUUAGCCUUGUCGCAAAACUGACCGGGAGUUCGCGUGAUAGGUGGAGCAGGAAUCAUUCAUCUUCUCUGACGUCCGAAAAAGAUAAAAAAGAGAACAUGGUGACGCGGCUUUUGGGCACGCCAGUUUGUCCGAGGAUGGAUGAAGUAGCACUGAUCGAGCCGUUGGUGUGCAAAAAGAUAGCUCACGAAAAGCUAACUGGACUUAUAUUCUGUGAAGAUUGCUUGGUGACUGCAUGUCAGGAAGGCUUCAUACUAACUUGGGCGCGGCCGGGCAAGGCAGCGAUCCAACGACGCAUCGUGAACUCACCGAUUCCAGUAAAUUCCGGUACUCUUGGCGGCGGUGGCGGUGGCGGCGGCGACUGUGGCAACGGCACGGAAGUGUGA